CAGAAACUAAGCAAAAAUAAACAAACAAUACAGACAGGAAAAUAAGCAGCGCGUGCCUGGGAAGAGUUUUUUCGCCGAAAAGGACCGCACACCGGAACACCGGAACCAGGACGACAGACGCACUGCAUCGCGGGCAACGACGAGGCGCAGGCAAUCCGAGUAAACCGAGCGACAAAUGGCCGCGGCCACCAACAGCGAUUCCGCAUCCACCUCCGGCGUGGAGGCCAAGGAGGAGAUGCUGGAGAUGUCGAUGCCGCCGAUCCUGGCCAGAUCGACCCCCAUGCCCAUGCCCACGCCAGCGUCCAGCGCGUCCAAGGGCAUUAUGAUAACGCCGCCGCCGCCGGCGAUGCCGCCCACGCCCACCUCGUCGCCCAACACGCACGGCGAGUGGCCGCACAUGAACAUCAACCUCAACCUGAACCUUAACCUGAACCUGAGUUCGAAUCCCAGCGCUGCAGCGAAUGCAAAUGCAUCAUUCCAGCUGAGCAGAGACCGGGGCGAGCACUUCGCCCUGCCGCACCUGCCGCCCCUGCCGCUGAAUCCGAAUGCGCCCAAUGCCGAGUAUCUGCCCAGCCUGAUCCAUCCGAGCACUUUGCCCUCGGGCAGCAAGAGCUUCAAGAUGCGGCCGCGGAUGCAGCGGCUGAAGCACUCCUACAGCUACAGCAACAUAAUCGUCCAGUCGAACGGCCGCAAGCUGCGCACCGCCGCCUCCACCUGCAACAUCGAGCUGCUCAACCGCAUUUUGGAGGGCGGAGCUAAUCCCAAUGCCGCCGACGAGUACAAUCGCAGUCCGCUGCAUCUGGCCGCCUGUCGCGGCUACAUACCCAUUGUCCAGCAGCUGCUCAAGUACGGCGCCAAUCCGAAUGUCGUGGACUCGCUGGGGAAUACUCCCCUCCAUUUGGCUGUGAUCUCGGCCAGCUCCAAUAACUUUAACAUUGUGGUCGGCGUGCUGCUGCAGGGCGGCGCCAGUGUCCACAUGUACGAUCGCAGCAACAAGUCACCGCUGGAGUUGGCCGAGGCCAAGCUGCGGCUGCUGCGCAAUCGCUACGAUCAUCCCACGCCGGAAACGGCCAAGAUCCUGGAGGACAUGUGCAUGCUGACCACGCUGAUCUUGCGCUACAUGGUGAAGCAGCAGCGCGAGCUGGAGGAUCUCUCGGCGCUGGAGAAGCGCCUGCAGAACCUGAGCACCAGCGACGACCAGGAGCAGGUCGUGUCGCAGACCGCGGACGAGCUGCUCGCCAGCGUCGAGCGGCUGUCCAUCAACAACAAGUAGACGGGGACGCUUGCUGGACGCUGGACGCCAAGGGAACCCAUCCGCAGGCGGGUCCAAAUUGCGUUCGAUGAGUUGAGAAAAAAGUGAUUUGUUUAUCGUUUCCUAAUUUGGCUGCCGUUGAGCUGGAGUUGGCAUCGUGACGAGCAGCUGGAGGAGCAAGAGGUCCUGAUUCCCAUCCUGCGAUCUCAUCAAGCUGCCAAAUGCGACCAACGCUCUCACACACACACAAGCACACACACCCCACACAAACAGAAGAAAACACACAUUGUUUCAUGCGAUCUUUUUUUAAGUAUUUCAUUUAAGGUUCAUUGUUUACGCGAACAAUCAACAAACAUGAUUAAAUUUUAAGCUUUACGUUUAGCGCGCCAAAAACAAAAUCAAGUUAUAUAUUAAUGAUGCAAUCGCAACUCAAGAGGACACCUAACAAUUUGCUACAUUACAUUUAACUAAAUGACUACAUUACAUGGAAAUCGUUAAGUGUCUAUUGUAUACUACAACAAAAAACCAUAAGCGUGUAAACACUCUCUGAACAAUAAACGAAAAACCAAACGGCCAUUCGACUUAAUCCGCAGAUCAAGCCGAAAUCUGUAACAUCAUAUAGAA